AUGGGUGCUCUUUCUGGUGGAGAGACGUGCAUCAAAUACUUGAUGUUUGCCUUCAACCUGGUGUUCUGGCUUGCAGGCACCGCUGUAUUAUGUGUAGGCCUGUGGCUGCGAUUAGACCCGAAGACCAAAAGCCUGUUUGAAGGACCAGACUCUCCGUAUGUGUUUUACACAGGAGUCUACAUCUUGAUCGGAGCUGGAGCACUUAUGAUGGUGGUGGGCUUCCUGGGAUGUUGUGGGGCCAUUCAGGAAUCGCCCUGCAUGCUGGGACUGUUCUUCUUCUUCCUGCUAAUCAUAUUUGCCAUUGAGGUAGCAGCUGGAAUCUGGGGAUUUUCAAACCAAACCAAGGUGGUUGAUGACAUAACGAAGUUCUACAUGCGGACUUACAACGAAUAUCAGACAACAAAAGAUGAGCGCCUCAAAGAGACACUGCGUGUGAUUCAAACCGAGCUGAACUGCUGUGGUCCAAAAGGCAGCGCUGAAGAAACUGACAAAGAGACUUGUCCUCGUGGGGAGCCUCUCGAGGAGCUUAUUAUGAAGAGCUGCCCUGAUGCCAUCGAUGACGUGUUUGACUCCAAGUUACACAUCAUUGGAGGUGUGGGCGUCACCAUUGGGGUAAUCAUGGUGUUCGGGAUGAUCUUUAGCAUGCUCCUAUGCUGCGCCAUCAGGAAGUCUCGGGAGGUG